AUGGAUCCGGCCGACGAGAUGUUCCAGCUCUGCCGCUUCGACCUCACCCCGCUAGAAGCCGUCGCCUACUACCUCCCACGCCUGCUCUCCGGCGAGUCCCUCAACGGCGCCGAGCGUCUGAUCCACCGCGCCGACAUCUACGGCGACCUCGAGCCCAACGACCUCGCCGCCGCCUUCCCGCCGGCGCCCAAGGCCGAGCGCACGGGCGCCCGGUUCUUCUUCACGCUCUGCAAGCGCCAGAAGGGCAGCCGCACACGCAGCGCGCGCUCCGCCGGCGCCGGGACGUGGACCUGCCAGAGGACGUUGGACGUGGUGGAUCAUGCCGGCGUCAAGAAAGGCGAGAUGAAGCACCUCAGCUUCAAGAAGGGGAUCAAGAAGGAGAAGGAGUCCACGGGCUGGGUCAUGGAGGAGUACCACUGCUUGUUGCCGGAAGCUGUUGUGGCCGACGGGGAGAUGGUGCUCUGCAAGAUCCAUCUCUCCCAGCGCCCGAAAAGCUCGCCGGGGAUCCGCCGCGUGUCUCUCUGGGAGUCAAGAACAAGAAGAUCAGCCGGCCCCAAUGCCGGUAGCAGAUCAAACUCAUCAAGAAUCCGCCGCUUAUUACCUCCAAAGUAA